CUGGCCCCGCGGCCCCGCAGCUCCGCGCACGGCCAACCCCGAAGCCAGGGCAGCGGGGUGCUGCCAAAACAACAGGCCCACAACUUAACGCAUUGCAGAACGGUCUCGGUUAACAGCCCCCAUUUUCCUCUACGCACCCACUCACAUCCGGGUGUAAUACCCGGAGCCCGCAUCCGAAUGCAAAACCAGGGCUAAAAGGACUGAUAAAUACAUUUCCAAAGAAAAGGAAAACGUCCCUCCCGCGUCCUCUCUCCCGGAGACCGGCGAUCAGCGAUCGCACCCAGCCGGGACGAGCGGAGGAGAAGGAAGGCAUUUGCAUCACUCGACCUGUGAAAACCACGCCUAUGCAGCCACACAAUUGGUCCGAAAGCGUCAAAGAACCAAUCAAGAAGCCUCGGGCUCCCCGCGGCCCACAGUGCAGCCCGACCUUCUAGAGCCGCCGAGCAGACGCCCCGCGAGUUCUAGAGGCGGAGGUUGUGGCGCGGAGCUGCCUCGCUCGCUCGCUCGCUCCCUCCCUCUUCGCUGACGCUGUCUCCCCCGCUCUCUCCUUUCUCUCUCUCGCUCUCUCUCUCUCCCCCCUCGCUGUCUCUCGCUCUCCUUUCUGUUUUACCCUCUCUGAUUCCUCCCUGGCCCCCCGCGCGCGCGCGCCUUGGAUGCCGACUUAGGAAGUGAUUUGGCUCACGUUGUAGAGAGGAGUCUCUCACCCCCAGCACCCCCCCAGAAGAUCCAGCUGGAUUCGGAUUGAAACCCGGACACUCACUCACCGGAGCUCUGAAGCCGAAGGAGGAGGAGGAAGGCGGACGGAAGCCAGUUUGUAGUUCAAGUUGUGUUGUUUUUUUUUUUUUUUAUAGAGCUGGUGCAAAGGGCUCCAAUCAGUUUUUUUUUCCCCCUCUUGUAUCUUUUUUUUCUUUUUCCAAAGGGGAGACAUUUUUUUGCUCUCUGGCUGCCUGUUAAAGCCGAGUCUAAGCGCCACCGACGCCUCCGGCGAGAAAGGGAGAGGAAGAGAUAGAGGGCGGAGGGAAGAAGAACGGGGAGAGGAAGGUUAAAAAAAAAAAACAACAACCAACAACAAACAACAGCCCCGUAGGAUCCGCGAUCGCCUCGUGGAACCGGGAACCUGGGGGCCGGGGAGCGAUCUUGGGGACGCGGGGCUGGAGUUUGCUACUCCGAGCUGUGCGCCCAGGCUCGGGCGCGAGUUGGAGACUGCGGAUCGCUCCUCCAGCUUCUGAAACCGACUUCCAGGAGCGGCUUUUUAAAUACACCGGGGACCGGCACCAGGGCUCCGGAGCUGUCGCCGUGACUUCUUGAAAAGCGGCACUCUCCUACCCCCUCCCCCUCAAAAGACGCUUCACCCCCUCUUCUUCUGAAGGGCUUUAGUUGUGAUUUAUUCCUCCUUUUUUUUUUUUUUGGCUUUUAAAAAAAAAAAGUAUGUACUGCUGUUGAAUCACAACCAAACCGAACCAAACCACUCACAACAACAACAACAAAGGCAAAAGCGAGGCAGCGGCUGCGGACUCGGCCCCCUAGCCCCGGCCUGGAGUGGAUGAGUCUCUCCAUGAGAGACCCGGUCAUUCCGGGGACAAGCAUGGCCUACCAUCCGUUCCUACCUCACCGGGCGCCGGACUUCGCCAUGAGCGCGGUGCUGGGUCACCAGCCGCCCUUCUUCCCUGCGCUCACGCUGCCUCCCAAUGGCGCCGCCGCGCUCUCGCUGCCCGGCGCCCUGGCCAAGCCCAUCAUGGAUCAGUUGGUGGGGGCGGCCGAGACUGGCAUCCCCUUCUCCUCGCUGGGCCCGCAGGCGCAUCUGAGGCCUCUGAAGAGCAUGGAGCCCGAAGAGGAGGUGGAGGACGACCCCAAGGUGCAUUUGGAGGCCAAAGAACUUUGGGAUCAGUUCCACAAACGGGGUACAGAGAUGGUCAUCACCAAGUCGGGAAGGCGAAUGUUUCCCCCAUUUAAAGUGAGGUGUUCAGGCCUGGAUAAAAAGGCCAAAUAUAUUUUGUUAAUGGAUAUCAUAGCUGCUGACGACUGUCGAUAUAAAUUCCAUAAUUCUCGGUGGAUGGUGGCCGGUAAGGCGGACCCAGAGAUGCCAAAACGAAUGUAUAUUCACCCGGACAGCCCCGCCACUGGCGAACAAUGGAUGUCUAAAGUAGUCACCUUCCAUAAGCUGAAACUCACCAACAACAUUUCCGACAAACACGGAUUUACCAUCUUGAACUCGAUGCAUAAGUAUCAACCUCGGUUUCACAUUGUUAGAGCCAAUGACAUUUUGAAGCUGCCUUAUAGCACAUUUCGGACUUACCUGUUCCCAGAAACCGAAUUCAUCGCUGUAACUGCUUACCAGAAUGAUAAGAUAACCCAGUUAAAAAUAGACAACAACCCUUUCGCAAAAGGUUUUCGGGACACUGGAAAUGGCAGGAGAGAGAAAAGGAAGCAGCUCACCCUGCAGUCCAUGCGGGUGUUUGAUGACAGACAGAAGAAGGACACUGGGACCUCAGACGAGUCUUCGAGUGAGCAGGCCGCCUUCAGCUGCUUUGCCCAGGCCUCUUCUCCAGCAGUUUCUACCGUAGGGACCUCAAACCUUAAAGAUCUGUGUGCCAGUGAGGCGGAGAGCGACGCGGAGGCGGAGAGCAAGGAGGACCCGGGACCCGAGGCCUGCGACUCGGCUCGGAUCUCCACCACCACGGCGGAGGAGCCCGGGGGCCGGGACAAGAGCAGCCCCGCGCCCAAGGCGCUUCACUUCGCGGCGGGGCCCCGGGACGGCGGGCGUCCAGACAAGGCAUCGCCCGAUUCCCGCCACAGCCCGGCCACCAUCUCGUCCAGCACCCGCGGCCCGGGCACCGAGGAGCGCCGGAGCCCCGCGCGCGAGGGCGCAGCGGCGGCCCGGGCGGAGGAGGCGCGCGCGCUGCCCGGGAAGGACGCCUUCGCGCCGCUCUCGGUGCAGACGGACGCGGCCACCGCGCACCUGGCGCAGGGGCCCCUGCCCGGCCUCGGCUUCGCCCCGGGCCUGGCCGGCCAGCAGUUCUUCAACGGGCAUCCCCUAUUCCUGCACCCCGGCCAGUUCGCCAUGGGGGGCGCCUUCUCCAGCAUGGCCGCGGGCAUGGGGCCCCUGCUGGCCACCGUGUCCGGGGCGUCCACCGGGGUCUCCGGUCUGGAUUCCACCGCCAUGGCCUCAGCCGCGGCCGCCCAGGGACUGUCGGGCGCCUCGGCGGCCACCCUGCCCUUCCACCUCCAGCAGCAUGUCCUGGCCUCUCAGGGCCUGGCCAUGUCGCCCUUUGGAAGCCUCUUCCCCUACCCCUACACCUACAUGGCAGCGGCGGCGGCAGCCUCUUCGGCCGCGGCCUCCAGCUCCGUGCAUCGCCAUCCCUUCCUCAACCUGAACACCAUGCGCCCCCGCCUGCGCUACAGCCCCUACUCCAUCCCGGUGCCCGUCCCGGACAGCGGCAGCCUGCUGACCACCGCGCUGCCGUCCAUGGUCCCUGCAGCCGCCGCCGGACCCCUGGACGCCAAAGCCACCGCGCUGGCUGCCAGCCCAGCCUCGGUGGCUGUGGACUCGGGCUCGGAACUGAACAGCCGCUCCUCCACGCUCUCCUCCAGCUCGGUGGCCUUGUCACCCAAACUCUGCUCGGAGAAGGAGGCAGCCACCAGCGAACUGCAGAGCAUCCAGCGGCUGGUGAGCGGCCUGGAGGCCAAGCCCGACCGGUCCCGCAGCACCUCCCCUUAAGUUCCUCCCCCUCCUGAAGGUCUCCAUUCCGGUUCCCGUCACGUCUUCAGUGCACUUUGUUGGAUGUAAAGAUAACAGCACCCCCCUCUCCCCUGGGGGGGGGGCAGUGGCCUGGCCUGGGCCUGCCUUUGGGGUGACCCUUUCCUUUGCAGUUGUGUCUGAGAAGCCUGGACUCCAUGGGAGAGGUGGUCCCAGAGACCCGUCUCCGCGUCUCAGUUUUGUCUACCUGGGAUCUGGCUCCCAUUCUGGGGUGCAGAGGUGGUAGUUGUGUGUAGCUGAUUGGGGCUGGAGGUAAAGGAACUCGCUUCAAGGCUGGUCAGCAAGCUGAGGUUGAAGAACACGGUAGCAGGGCCCACAGGGAGAGAGGGGGCUUGAAUGGCAUCCAUCUCUCCCUGUGGAUUUCUAUCUGUCUAUCUAUACAUAUAUAUGUGUAUGUAUUUUUCCCCUUCGCAGUGUCAAGUGGAAACAAAUAAAAAUGUGUUUUUAAAAACAGGAGGGAGAAGGGAGGGGGACGACAAAUGAAUUAACACGCUUCUGUGUGUGGAGAUGGGAAAACUUCACAGUGACUUGUACGGCAGAUCUCAAUAAAUUCCCCGGAAGCCAUUUCUUGGGAAGGCAAGCCCUCGUGAUUCUUGUUUAGCCGAUCUUAAGGAAAUCUGUGUCUUUUUAAAUACUAUUCUUGUGAUGUUUUAAGAGCUGAUAUUAGGUCUCCUCUUGCAUGUGUUUCACCGUCAUAUAUAUUUGUGGUUUUUAUUUUGGACGCUGGCUUUUAGACAAAGCAAAUCAUCCCCACUCCCCCACCCUCCCACCCAUCCCCAUCCUGAUUUCCUCCAGCCCUGAGCUCACAGCUGGAUUUAACCCAGGGAAGGGGUGGGGGACCUGGUGCGGGGUGGGGGUGGGGGGAGAAUGAAGUGGAAUUUUUUUAGCUAAGCCCUGUUGCAAGGAUUCAAGACCCCCUCUCUGGCAGUUCGUUUGCUCUCUUUCCCAUAUACGCAAUAACAAGGUUUUAAGAAAUAAUAAAUGAAAAAAAGAAGCGAGACUAUUAGACAAAGUAUUUAUGUAAUUAUUUGAUAACUUGUAAAUAGGUAGAAUAUGAAUGCUCGGGAAAAAAUUAAACUUUUAAUUUAUUGACAUUGUACAUAGUUUCUGUGUAAAUAGAUCGCAACUGUCAAUGUUUUAACCUUGAUUCUCUUUAGUUGGUUUUAUUUCUAGGUCACCGGAGUGCAGUUUCACAGCGGAAAACAUUUUCCUAAAGUGAUGUCUGUCUACAGAAUUCUUUUGCUCUUGUUGGUUUUUUUUUCCUCUCCAAUAUCCGAGAGUUGAGGGGGGAGGGGAGUACUAGUGCCUGUUUUAUUCAGCCAACUUGAGGGAGUGGUUGGCAUUUCCCAGAUUCAUUUUAAAGUUCUUAAAAUCCGAAAUCCCCGCGAGUGUCGGGGAGAUGGCUGAGGGGUGGGGGCGGGGAGUAGUGCAGAGGCUGCGGUUUGACAUAUUAAUUUUUCUUUCAUAUUUGUGUUUGCUAGUAGUCUCUGACUUCCUUCAAAGUGGAAUUUACUACUGUUGCUAAUCUUGGUGGCAUUUUGAAUUGGUACCAAGCUGAGAGAGAGGAGAGAGAGAGAAUUCACAGCUUGAAAAGUCAGGUGCUGAGAGGUGUUGAAAGUUUAAAAAAAAUCCAUGAAGUGUAUUUUGUGUUAUAGAGUUCUUUGGUUUUCUGUAUCUCCCCUCUCCCCCCUCUUUAAAACAUCACUGAAAUUUCAAUAAAUUUUUAUUGAAAUGUC